AUGGCCGAUACAGGCAUUCAGAAGCAUGGACAUGGAUCAGAUACAGGCAUUCAGAAGCAUAGGCAUUCAAGGCUCAGGCUUAGAUCAUCAUGGCACCGACUGCUGGAAUCUUCUUUAGUCUCCAAAGCUAAUUUGCAGGGCGUUGCAUUUCGUAUAUCUUCCACUGCUAGGAAUCCUUUGUAUUGUUUAUUGGAUCUUUGAGCUGGAUAUUCAUCUUCUACAAAUUCUGGAUUUUCAUCUUCUCUCAGGGUUCUUUCUCUUUGAACGGCGCUUAAUAUGGCUGUUUUUUAGAAUUCAGGCUCUUCAUCUCUUCAUCUCCUUCACUCGUUGGAUUUGUAGAGCUU